GCGCAGGAAUGAUGACGAGUGUGCAUCUAAGAGGAGAGAAGCAAACACAAAAUCUUCGAAUAUCGUCAUGAUAUAUUCACUUAUAUUUAAUGAUAUAUUUCUGUUUAUUGAUGUGUAUAAAACUAGUUUAAUAAACAUAAUUAUUUCCGGAUGAAUAACAAAAAUUGAAAAUGAAUUUGUGUUCAGGAACUACUCGUGAUAAUGGCUUACUUUACGCCGGUUUUAAUCAAGACCAAGGGUGUUUUGCUUGUGGCAUGGAAAAUGGAUACAGAGUUUACAAUUGUGACCCUUUAAAAGAAAAAGAACGACAUGAUUUUAACGAAGGUGGACUCGGAUAUGUUGAAAUGCUUUUUAGAUGUAAUUAUUUAGCACUCAUCGGAGGAGGUUCAAAGCCCGUAUAUCCAACCAAUAGAGUUAUUAUAUGGGAUGACCUUAAGAAGGUACCAGCAAUUACCUUGGAAUUUAAUGCCCCCGUGAAGGGUGUAAAACUUCGCCGAGAUAGAAUAGUAGCUGUUCUUGAAGGUGUCAUAAAAGUUUUUACAUUUACUCAGAAUCCUCAACAGCUGCACGUGUUUGAGACCAAUUCUAACCCAAAAGGAUUAUGUGUUCUCUGUCCGAACAGCGAUAAUUCAUUAUUAGCAUUUCCCGGUCGUAAAAAUGGUCACGUUCAAGUCAUCGAUCUUGCCAAUAUAGAAAAGCAGCCUUUAAAUAUUGAAGCACAUGAAACACCUCUCUCUUGCAUUGCUUUGAAUUUGCAAGGAACUAAAUUAGCCACGGCUUCUGAAAAAGGUACCCUUAUUCGUGUUUUUGAUACUCAAACUGGAGCUAUGAUCAACGAAUUAAGACGGGGAGCACAUCAUGCUAAUAUAUACUGCAUAAAUUUUAAUCACGACUCAUCAUGGUUAUGUGUUGCAAGUGACCAUGGAACAGUACACGUCUUUGCGGUGGAAGACCAGAAAUUGAAUCGCCAAUCAAGUUUGGCGUCCGCCACGUUCUUACCAAAAUAUUUUAGUUCAAGCUGGAGCUUUUGUAAGUUUGAAAUCCCUGGAGGACCCCAAUGCUUGUGUGCAUUCGGAAUGAACAAUAGUAUUAUAGUGAUAUGUGCUGAUGGAAGUUACUAUAAAUUCGUAUUCAAUAAUAAAGGAGAAUGUACACGAGAUUUUUAUGCACAGUUUUUGGAAAUUACAGACGAUAAAGUGUGAUAGUGUUUUUGAAAUCUCAAAUACAAAACUGUAUAAAAAUAUACUAAAAAGGAGUAAAUCUCAAAACAGCAGAACAAA